GAACCCAAGCUGGAAGCAUUCUUCGCGAUUUUGGAGAAGUACUGGGCGGAGGCAGUACCACUGGCGGCCACUGAAGAUGGCUACAUCGACAUCGAAGACGAUGAUGGCGACAGCGCCGGUGAUGCUAGCUCUUCAGCACUCCCUGCGGCUGGUGCGGCAGCAGGUGCUGGGGACGGGCCUCCAGUGAGUGAAACUCCAGCCGAUCUCUUUGAUGAGCCAGCUGUGGAAGAACCAGAAGAAGAAAUUGUAGAUGAUGAUCCGGAGGUCCCUGUGGACAUGGACCAUUCCAAACCUACGGCUCUCCGGCUUUUGCCAAAUGAGGCAGAAACCCAACCGCAUGAUGGAAAGGGUGCAGCACCUAUGCUGCCAAAGCCUGAAGGCGCACAAGCAAUGCAGCCUGAGACAAAGGAGAAAGAGGACAAGAAUGACAAGGGUCUGGAAAUUGCUCAGGCAGGCCCAGAAGCGAUGCUGCCUCCACCUCUUCCACCAAAGGCGUUGAAAGCUGAUGCUCAUGCCCGGGCCGAAGCACUCCGGAAGAGGCUUGCGGAAAUCAGCCACGAUCGCGCUGCCAAGUGUGGUAGAGUGUCACCAGCAACACCGGCCCUGGGCAUUGACUCGAUGGACACCCAGCCGAUCGAGCCUGAGCUACCAGUAGAGUGUCCUGCGCCUGCACUGGGAGCUCCUCCGAACGAGCCUUUCCAAUGCAAAGAAGACCUUGCUGCAAAGGCUGAUCUCAUCCGUGCCAAGACCUUGGUUUUGGGUCAGGCCGAACCCGGUGAAGAUGAAGCCUUGGAAGCAGCUGCAGUGGCUGCUACAAAGCGCGCUGAAGAGGAUGCGGCCCUGAACCAGAAAAAGAAGUAUGAGGGAGAGAAAGUGCUUUCGGAGGACGAAGCCCCCAUGGUCCGAAGGAAGGACCAACAAACUUUCAAGGAAUGCAAGCAGAAGGCUGUCUCAGUCUCGGAGGAGGAAGAUGAUCGAGCGGAGGAGGAGGAGGUGGAGGAAGAGCCUGAAGAAGAGGCUGUGGCUGAGGAUGAAGUGAAAAAAACUUCCAGAGGGAAGGCUAAGGCAGGACAGCCAAAAGCAAAAGCCAAGCAGGCAAAGCCUGGCAACUCGAAGUGCAAGCCUGGGGAGAGCAAGGGUGAAUCGCCAGAGGGCAAGAAGACGCCAAAGGGCAAGGAGACGCCAAAGGGCAAGAAGACGCCACCAAAGGCCAAGGCAGCCAAAACUGACCGGCUGACAUUUGCUGGUCGGCGUCGGCCCAAGAGCACUCAGGCUGCAACCCGCUAUGAUGUCAUGCUGGAUAUCUACAAGACUCGUAUCGUCACGCAGGUCAAGGAUUCAAGCGCGCUCGAGGCAGAGUACCGAGCAAUUGCUGGCAGCAAGGCUGUCAUAGAGUACUUUUCCGGAAAGGGUCGGGUGUCCGCUUUGGCUGCAAAGACAGGCUUUGCAGUAGACAUGGAGACUCCCCUCCCAGACCUCUUGCGGAAUUGGUCGUCCUGGGAAGACGCAGAACUUGGCUCAGUGCUGCUUUACCUGCGGGGCAGCAAAUGCUUGAAAAUGCCCGAGGAGUACAAAGCUGUGUUCCCAUCUUUUUUGGAUGUGGGGCCCAGCCUUCAAAACAGAAAGCUGGAGCUAUUUGACCUAAAAAAGGUCUAA